GUGCAGUGUUGGGGAGGCUCCAGGAACGUGUUUGGGAACCGUCUUGUUUUCACAGUCUGUUUCCUGGAGUUUUUGUCCUCCUGGAUAUUUCUGAAAUAUAUUAAGAUGAACUAAUUAAGUUCUUGGUGACGUGGCACACGAUUGAUGCUGAUUCUCCGGAGUUGAGUCACAUCUUGUGUUGGGCUCCGGCUGACCCUCCCACGGGCCUGUCGUAUUUCUCCAGCAUGUAUCCGCCGCAUCCGCUGACCGCGCAGUACGCCGUCAAAGUCCUGCGCUCCUUCCCUCCUGAUGCUAUUCUGUUUUACAUCCCACAAAUUGUUCAGGCUCUCCGUUAUGACAAGAUGGGGUACGUGAGAGAAUACAUCCUGUGGGCGGCACAGAAGUCUCAGCUUCUGGCACAUCAGUUCAUCUGGAACAUGAAGACCAACAUCUACACAGACGAGGAGGGACACCAGAAAGACCCUGACAUCGGGGAGCUUCUGGAGCAUUUGGUUGAAGAGAUCAUCGGCUCCCUCUCGGGUCCAGCUAAAGACUUCUACCAGCGCGAGUUUGACUUCUUCAACAAGAUCACCAAUGUCUCAGCCAUUAUAAAGCCCAUUCCUAAAGGUGACGAGCGGAAGAGAGCGUGUCUGAGAGCUCUGUCCGAUAUCAAAGUCCAGCCAGGCUGUUAUCUGCCCAGUAACCCCGAGGCCAUAGUCCUAGACAUUGACUACAAAUCUGGAACGCCAAUGCAAAGUGCUGCAAAAGCACCAUACCUGGCCAAAUUCAAGGUGAAACGCUGUGGAGUGAGUGAACUCGAGAAAGAGGGUUUAUUGUGUCGCUCGGACUCACUGGAUGAAGCUCAAAGCGGAGAAGACGCUCAGAAGAUCUGCUGGCAGGCGGCCAUCUUUAAAGUCGGAGACGACUGCAGACAGGACAUGUUGGCUUUGCAGAUCAUCGGUCUGUUUAAGAACAUCUUCCAGCUGGUGGGACUCGACCUGUUUGUUUUUCCUUAUAGGGUGGUAGCGACAGCACCAGGGUGUGGCGUCAUCGAGUGCAUCCCAGACUGUAAGUCCAGAGAUCAGCUGGGACGACAGACCGAUUUCGGGAUGUACGAUUAUUUCCGUAACCAGUACGGAGACGAAUCCACUCUGGCCUUCCAGAAGGCGAGGUAUAACUUCAUCAGGAGCAUGGCUGCGUACAGUCUGCUGCUCUUCCUGCUGCAGAUCAAGGACAGACACAACGGGAACAUCAUGCUGGACAGACAGGGACACCUCAUCCACAUCGACUUCGGCUUCAUGUUUGAGAGUUCUCCGGGCGGGAAUCUGGGCUGGGAGCCGGACAUCAAACUGACGGACGAGAUGGUGAUGAUCAUGGGCGGGAAGAUGGAGGCCACGCCCUUUAAGUGGUUCAUGGAGAUGUGUGUGCGCGGAUACCUGGCCGUCAGGCCGUACAUGGAUGCUGUGGUUGCCUUGGUAACGCUGAUGUUGGAUACAGGAUUGCCCUGCUUCCGCGGUCAGACCAUCAAACUGCUCAAGCAGCGUUUUAACCCUGGAGUGAGUGAGAAGGAAGCAGCGGCUUUUAUCAUCAAAGUCAUUCAGAACUGCUUCCUGAGCAGCAGGAGCAAAACGUAUGACAUGAUCCAGUACUAUCAGAACCAGAUCCCGUACUGAAGGCCAGAGAAACCUGUGUGUGUGUGUGUGUGUGUGUGUGUGUGUGUGUGUGUGUGUGUGUUCUCCUCUCAUUGUCACAGUCACAGUCUGGUGUGUUUCUGCACUUUAUACACCUGACAUGAGUUUGCAUGGAUUCAUACGCACUUAUAUCAGCACUUAUGAGACUCCCAUGACACACUUUCUGCUGCAUGAUGAUUUCAGUUAUACUUGAUUUUAAAGUCAAUUUCGUGCCAUUUUGAGUUUUAUUUGAUGUGAUUUUGUUUGUGGCCUUUGAUAAUUUCCUGGCAAAUCAUGUCGUUGUUACAGCAGAUGUGUUUAUGGUGUGGACUAGAGACAAACAUCACAUUUUAGAGGUGAUAAAUUAACGCACAAAAAUCAGUAUUUGGUUGAUUUUAUUUAUUAUCAGGCAGUGGAGGAGAGAUGUUUGAAUAGUUGAAAUGUUUGCUAUUCUGUGAAUCUUGAUUGUUUUGCAGCUCUGAAUUUGUGUAAUAAUAUUUGUGAUUUUAUGGUCACAUGACCUCUGAUCAAUCACUGCUUGUUUUGCAGUAUGUGCCUGUUUAUUGAUCAGUCGAUUGUGCAGUAAGUGACUAAUCUUUGUACGCUCGUUUGUACGGUUGCAUUAAUUUUAUCCUUCCUUUGGACUAUUUAUUCUAUCUGCGAUAUUUAAUAAAUGUCUACAAUAAUUGCA